GGCGCACUGUCACUUGUCCCACGUUGAAGUCAGUUUGCUGUCACGCUGCUCUUGGCUACGGAUUGAAAGUUUGCAGAGAUCCCACUGUGGAGCCCCACGCAUGUAUCAACCCCGACUUCAUCCACGUUCUAUGAAGGAUUUUAACAUCAGGAGCUUUUCUGUUACAAGAACACUGAACCUUAAUGGUAAAGAACACGAAGAAAGUAGCGAUCAACAAAGCCAACAUUAGCAGCAUCAACUUUUUCUAGCCAUGAGCUGUUUGGAUGUUAUGUAUCAAGUGUAUGGUCCUCCUCAGCCUUACUUUGCAACAGCUUAUAGCCCUUACCAUCAGAAAAUGUCAUUAAGUGUGAAUUCUGUCGGUUUUCUUGCUGUUGUCAGUGUGUGAUCGCCAGUAAAGUGACUUUAAAUGACACCGUCCUCUAUUCCAAAGGCAUUGAUUAGAACUAAAUGCUUCGUCGGUCUCGUUAAAAGCUUUAGUAAUGUACGCGAAGAAACUCGCCUUUUACUCCAAGAUGCAAGAAGCUCCAGAGAGCGCUAGCAGCAGCAGCAGUGUGAGCAGCGUGAGCAGCGGCAGCUCCUUCUCCAGCCAUGUAGUGCCCCCCAAUAUCAAAGAAGAAGACUGCAGCCCCGACAAGGAGAGACCCCCCGAGGCAGAGUACAUCAACUCCAGAUGUGUCCUCUUCACCUACUUCCAGGGGGACAUCAGCUCGGUGGUAGAUGAGCACUUCAGCCGGGCACUCAGUCAGUCCAGCAGCUACUCGCCCAGUGGCUCCAAUGGCAAGAGCUCCCGCAGCUCCAACUCCUGGAGGGACUCAUCUUAUCCGAUGAACCAGAGAAGCUUUCCCCCUUCUUUUUGGAACAGCAGCUAUCAGCCACCUGCAGUCACGGCCUCCUCAUCAUUGAGCAGCAGCCUAGCCAGUCCUCUCAGUGGACCCCAUGCAGAAAUCCCAUUUGGGGCAGAUCCCUAUUCCACAGCUUCGUUACACAGCCACUUACACCAAGCUCCCCCAGAGCCAUGGCACCAUGCACACCAUCAUCACCACCACCACCAUCCAUACUCAAUUGGAGGAGCAAUAAACAGCCAGGCAUCAAGUUACCCAAGAGCCAGCAUGCAUGAGGUUUAUAGCACGCACUUUGAUCCCCGUUACAGCUCGCUGCUUGUCCCAGCCUCAGUCCGUCCUCACCGGAUCUCUCCAGCGGGAACAACACCAGCUGCAGCCCAGUGUGAUCUUGGCAAGGGAGAACCAGCCACUUCUGCAUGGACAGCGCCGGGUCCUUUCCCAGGGCCAACUGGAGAAAUGGGACAGAGCCUUGGUCUCAAUGUUGAUGCAGCUCGGCGUUACUCCUUCUGUGGUGGAGCCCUCCUGAGCUGAUCUUCUCAAAGACUUUAAACCAAACCAUCUAUCCCAGUCCCAGGAACUAUCAAGGCCCAGAACCAAUAUGAACAGCACUCAAGCACUAAGACUGCACUCCGAGGAGCAUGUGAACCGGACGUAUACACAUACACAGAAAAAGAAACAUGCCAUUUAGGAGAAAAGAUUUUUUUCAUUUAUGUUGUGGACCUUUCAAGAACUGAUGUUAUUUUUAUUUAAGAAGUUGCUAUCACCAAUGAGUUGGUGCCACCAAAAAUUAUAUAGAUAUAAAUAUAUUAAUAUAAAUUCACUGGCUUUCCAAUGACAAGGACAAUAUAUUUUUUGUUCCUUUGGUGUUGUGAAUAUUUUUUUAGGCCUAUGUGACUUUUCAUUCAUAUUCUCUCCAUACAGGCUACCGGUUUAAUAAUCUAGGUAUUUGUAUAAAUAUUAUUAUAUAUAAAAAUACACUCAGAGACACGUAAGUGCACGUAACCUUUAAAGAUCUGUAUCCAGUGGCCCAUAUGUGGACAUCCAAUCCCGUUUAUGUGGUGAAUGGCAAGGAGCUAUCUGUAACCACCUGCCCCAAAGCUUACAGAAAUGCAGCUGUUAAACGGACAACUGUUUAAACGCCUGAAAUAUGACAACCAAGGUGGCACUCAGGAUUUAGCCCAACUAUUGCAAAUUAUUUUUUUACAAGGAGAAUUUUAUGAUGAAAGGAGAAACCCUUUCGGAUGUGGACAGCCUGUAUGCAGAACAACUGCAGCAGCAGCAACUUGUAAGGAGAUCUGCACGGAGCACAGUAUGGACAGUUGAUCUCUAGGGCUCCUAUUUGUGUGUGUUUGCUGCUGCCGUAAGGUCACUUUAAUUUGUUUUUGGAAAACAGUGAACAUUGUAUUUAAUUUCAGAAUCUAUACAUUAAAGUAUCUUAAUAUGUUUAGUUGUGCUAUUCGGUGAAUAAAUAUAUUCAGUCUUCA